CUCCACCUCCUCCAGGCUCUGAGGUGUUAAUGUAGUGUCUCGCUGACAGUGCUGCUUUUCCCAGUCUGAGAUCCAGUCCCAAAUAAACAAAGAGACACACAAAGAACUGAAGCAUGUGGGGGAGAGAAAGGUAGCUGCCUUUGCAAAAACAAACCAUGUCGAUGCUACGCUGCUGCCUCCCUGCUUCUCUGAUUCUCACAUUGGGGGAGUAAGAAGGAAACGCACACAUUGGAUUUCUUAUCAUAUAGGAUGCUCACGUCUCUCUUCUCUCUGGCUGAAUCCGGAGAAAGGACUAAUGUACUUUCUUAGUGUGAAAAAUACCAACCUAAGACCCAGUCCUGAGUCACUGGAGACAUGAUAUCCUAAUUGCUCUCGCCACAUGGAAUGCAACCUGCUUGUGGAUUGGAGCCUCUGAAUAUUUGUACUGUAAAGAGAACCGAAACGGCUUUGCUUCAUUUUUUAUGUAUGUCUUUUUCUUUUUUUUCUCUUUUUUUUUAUUUUUGUUGAGUUGCACGCAGCUGUGAUUUUUGGCAUCUGAAAAAGAGAUGACCCAGGAACAGCACACUCAUAGAAACAAUGCCUCUCAAGAACCACACGUGUACAAAGUUGGGAUCUACGGCUGGCGAAAGCGCUGCCUGUACCUCUUUGUUCUGCUCCUUAUGGUUUUAAUUCUGGUCAACCUCGCUCUGACGAUCUGGAUCCUCAAAGUCAUGAACUUCACGAUCGAUGGUAUGGGUCACCUGCGCAUCACUGAAAAGGGGCUGACACUGGAAGGGGAUUCGGAAUUCCUAAAACCUCUUUAUGCCAAAGAAAUCCAAUCCAAACCAGGUAGCCCAUUGUUCCUCCAGUCCUCCAAAAAUGUAACUGUCAACAUUCUCAACAGUAAAAACAAUGUGGUAACUCGACUAGUGGCAGGAUCUCAUGGCAUUGAAACUCACGGUGAGUUGUUGGAGGUAAAGUCCAACACUGGAAAGCUUCUGUUUUCUGCUGAUGAACAGGAAGUUGUGGUUGGCGCUGACAGGCUACGAGUAUUAGGUGCUGAGGGAGCUGUGUUCAGCAACUCGAUAGAAACGCCUCAUAUCAGAGCGGAUCCUUUUAAAGAACUCAGGCUGGAGUCCCCAACUCGUUCUUUGUUUAUGGAGGCUCCAAAGGGGGUUGAAAUCAAUGCAGAAGCAGGGAACCUUCAGGCAACGUGCAGAAGUGAGAUGAAGCUGGAGUCUAAAGAUGGAGAGAUCUCUUUGGAUGCUAACAACAUCAAGCUACCUCGGCUUCCCAAGGGGACCUACUCUGCAGCCGGAGCCAAGCAGAAAGUUUUCGAAGUGUGCGUGUGUCCAAACGGACGGCUCUUCUUAUCCCCCUCUGGGACCGGCUCAACCUGCCAGAUUAGCUCCAGCGUCUGCCUCUGAAAACAGACAAACAAACCGAGAAAUCUAAACGCGGCAGAGGGGCCUGUGUGGCACCAAACAGGCUUCUCAAAGCAGUCAGUGGAGAGAGAAAGAGCCGUGGGGGUGAUGAGGAGAUGCUCUCUGAGACACUGCGCGCGCGUGUGUGUGUGUGUGUGUGUGUGCGACAGCUGUUACCAGCACUCCUCUUGAACAAUGUUUCAGUGCAACAAUAACAAGGGUGAUCACCUUUUUAUAAAUGGAAUUGGAAAAUUAUUCAACUUUUUUUUUUCUUACUUUUGCUGUUUGUCUGAAUAGCAUUGUCCUUUUGCUGAAGAAGCAGAGAAGCUUGGGUUACGGAAACAAAAAAUAAUAAUAAACUGUAAAUGUUUUGAAAAGAAACAGAAAGAAGAAAAAAGAGGAAAAGGUCAAUCAUUUGUGUUCAACAACAGAAUGUUUUGUUUUGGUUUUUUUUUUGUUUUUUCGAAACAAAAUAAUAAUUUGGCAAAAUGGAAACAUUAAUCAUACAUGAAGUUGUGGAAUUUUAUUUUGCAGUUCAUUGAAUUUAUAAUACCACCAUUCCUUAUUAUAUUAAUUUUAUUGAGCAGCUCAUUCAAUUUAUAAUACCACCAUUCAUUAUUAUAUUAAUUUCUUUGUAAUAUACUGUGCUACACAACUGUCCUGACCCCAAGCCUAACCGGGACAUACAGCCUCUCGUUAUUAAUCAGACAUUUUUAUAGCUAUAAAAAGAGAAUGCUUUCAUAGCAAAUUGGUGCAGUUAAUGUUUUUAAAUUAAUAUCCCAAAGAAAUGGAUCUACUGCACCCUCAGCUCAGUGUUUUGUGAUGCUAAGUGCUCCUCAAAUACGUAUUCAUACAUAGGGUUAUCAGAGAACUGGGGCCGUGCCGAUCGGAAACAGUAACAACGUUAAACCAUCCUGGUUUUUUUUUUUUUAUUGUAUUCACAUUAUUUUUAAAAAGUACAAAACUGUAUCACCCUGCUCAGCAAGUUAACAGCAGAGUGAGUUAUUAGGUUGUGUGUUAGCGCCAUUCAAAAAGCAAAUAAACAAUCUUGCGCAUUAGUUCUUUCAUAAUUCUGACUAUGUGUUCAUCACAUGUUGCAAUGGUAAUAGCUGAUCUAUUUUUUUGUAAUCUGGCUUUUUGUACAUUUAACAUAUUUUGAUUAGAUGACAAUGGA